CCUCUUGCUUUCUAUUGAAUUAGACUUUCUUAGCAGUCUAUUGACUUUCUGCUAACCUACAGACGGAGCACAAGGAAUAUAAACACAGUGUUUCUAACAGGUUUUGCAAAAAGUUUGACACUUUCUCGUGUUGCUAAUUUAUAUAACAAUCAGACAUUUCUUAACACACUUCUUAUCAAACUUGAUGGUUGUUGCCUAGUUAGGUUUUUUUGACUCUAGGUACCACCUAUCGUAGACAUCAAGGCUAGCGAUACUUUCCAAGGAUGCAGGUGAAGAGAGUCGUUCUCAACUCACGACCAGGUAACAACGGGGUGCCAGUUCCUGCAAAUUUCCGCCUGCAGGACACCACUUUGGCACCUGACCUGAAAGAUGGGGAGGUCCUUGUCCGGACACUCUGCCUCUCAGUCGACCCUUACAUGCGGUGCAGAAUGAAUGAAGACACCGGUGUUGAUUAUGUGACUCCAUGGCAGCUGUCUGAGUGUGUAGAUGGUGGAGGUGUCGGUGUGGUCGAGUCCAGCCGCUGCAGUGCUUGCAGUGAGGGAGAUGUGGUCACUUCAUUCAACUGGCCUUGGCAGACCAAAGCUGUUAUGAAAGGAAGUGCUUUACAAACGGUUGAUCCUCAGGUGGUCGAUGGACACUUGUCUUACUUUUUGGGUGCAGUUGGUAUAACAGGGCUCACUGCACUGUUAGGCAUGAGGGAGAAGGGUCAUGUGAUCAAAGGAGCCAAUCAGACCAUGGUGGUGAGUGGUGCGGCUGGGGCCUGUGGCUCCGUAGCUGGACAGAUUGGCAGGCUGGAUGGCUGUGUGAGAGUGGUUGGGAUUUGCGGCUCUGAAGACAAGUGCAGAGCUUUAGUGGAUGACUUGGGCUUUUCUGCAGCCAUCAACUACCGUCAAGAGGACGUUCCUGCAAAGCUCCGGGAGCUCUGCCCUGAUGGGAUAGAUGUUUACUUUGACAAUGUGGGAGGUGGCAUCAGUGAUACUGUAAUUGCACAGAUGAACAACAACAGCCAUGUGAUCCUGUGUGGGCAGAUCUCACAGUAUAACAAAGAUGUGCCGUAUCCUCCGCCUUUGAGCGAAGAGAUACAGGAAACUCUUCAGAGGAAGAAUAUCACCCGGGAACGAUUUACAGUGCUUAACUACAUGAACAAAGCAGAUGCUGCCCUCUUUGAACUCAGCCAGCUAGUUAAAUCAGGGCAAAUCAAUGUGCUGGAAACUGUGGUGAAUGGCAUUGAAAAUAUGGGAGAUGCAUUUUGCUCCAUGAUGAAAGGGGGAAACAUUGGCAAGCAAAUUAUAAAGAUAUCAGAGUGAACAAAAUUGCUGCUCUCACCAGACAUAUACGCCUUGGGAAAUUAACCUGAUCUUGCAUUUCCAUGACUUCCAAUAACACUAAAUGAUCUCUAGUGAGAUUUUGCAUUGAUGAGCCGUUGCCAGUUGAUGGCAAUUAUGCAUCAUAAAAGAAAUCACACAAUGUUUUAUGAUAUGUUAUUCUUGACAAAAAAAGAAAUGUAAAGGUUGCUUAGAGGUCAGGUAGGUCUUGAACUUUAAAACUUACUGAUUUUGUCUUUUGGAAGUUUAUCUUACUACGGAUGUGGAAAAUAUGUUCAUGUAUUUGUUCCAUAUGGCAGUACUGCCUGAUGAUAUUAACCUACGCAACAGGAUUGGCUUUAAAAUCAUCCAGUGUGGAAACGCUGUAACCGACAAAUAGCAGUGAAGGUUUCUCAAACGUGAAAGAAAAAAUAAUGUUAGGAAAAUAAUUAUAAUUAGGGGUUUAAAGAUACAUAAAGCUUUUAAAUGAUUUCAUGUACCAUCCAACAUUUCUGGAGGGUAAAAUAACUAAAAGUAGCUAGCUAGCUUAACUGAAAACACUGCUUGCUAACUGUCAAAUGACCAAUCCUUCAGGUAGCUAAUGUUCUAAAGCUAACUUUCUCCAAAACAUUAAAUCAGCCAGUGAGUGUUUCCUUUGUCUAUCCAUAACCACUGAAUAUGGCUUUAGCGUCACUAAUUGCUUUUAACAGUAGCAAAAGGCUGCUAGCUUAUAAUAGUCAGUAGCUUUGUUGUACCAUGAUUGUCGUUCUAAGUAACGUCUCUUAUUUUGAUGUGGAAAAAACCCCAAUGAAACACGACUUUGGACUUUGUGUAAAUGUGAUUUAUUGGCUUUUUUUAAUGUUUUAAUCAAAUGAAAGUUCUUUGAUUAAGAGAUACACAGUGCAAGAGACUGAGUGAGCUACAAAGACUAAACAAGUUAUGCUUCAGCAUUAGGAAAUGGAUCAUAAUGGGCUUGUUGGCUUACAGUAGUUUUACAAAGAGAUAAAGCCAGCAGAAAAAGCUGGUGCUUGGUCAUUUUAUUUUCCACCAAAGUUUUCAGUUAGGCUACACACCAAUGGAAAUCAUGAUAUCCUAUAAACAUGAAGAAAAUUGCUUAUGUGGUGAGGAAAAUGGGAAACGUUAGAUAUGUGUACACGAUUUAAUAAGCUGAAUUAGGAAAAACAUAGCAAGAUAUAUAAAGCAUUUGUUUUACUUUUGCAAUCCAUUCUAUCAGUAUUAUAAAUUGACAGGACUACUGAUAUUUUCGACUCAGUGUACGACUUCAUAUUGUUGUUGACUCCCCUUUGUUACAUCAUUUGACAAUGUCAAGAAAAACAAAGACAAAAUAUACGAUUUACUGUAAUGAACGUUUUAUUCCACAGCACUAUAAACCAUUAAUAAAAUAACAUUGUGGUUGGCUCUUACCUUCAGUUGUCACAAGAAAAAUAUGUGGCAGGUGUAAAAUCAUUGUCUUUUCAUUCAUAUACUUCAGUGUUUGAACAUAGGAUGGGAUGCAAACUAAGUGAACACUGGUACAUUACUUACAGUGUAUGCCCUCUCAGAGACUUAGUGGUAGUAAUGGUUGUUUUUUUGUGAACAGUCAAAUUAGUGCACAGUACAUAACGAUCACAACCAGAUUCAGAGUAUAACAUUGGUGCUUUUCUGCAACAGAAAACAAAACAGUGCAUGCAUUGGUUGGUGUAGAAGUGAAAUGCAACACACUACUCCCUCCUUGUGGACAUAUAUAUAUAUCUUGUGAGAGGUACUGCGCAGCAUGAGGGAAAUUAACUAUGCCAAGAACAAAAGUCAUCCAUUUUUAAUAUCUGUCUCUACGCUGGAACUAUUCAUUUGGUAAUGCUCCAAUACCACUUGACUGCAGAGAAGGGAAAAGGUUUUCAAACAAUUCCCAUCAAGAGUGCACAUAAUUUACUUUCUCAGUGUCAAGCAGCUGUUCUAAUAAUAAACUGCAUGUUAUCACACAACUGAGCAAUUAUUCUGAACUCAUACUGUGUGUGGUUUAGAAAAAAACCAGGAUUCAACUGUGUUGGAACAUUACUUCUAUUAAAAGACUUGAUAAAUGUG